UACACAACAAUGCGAUGCCCGUAUCACCACCCAGAUCUGCGAAGCUUCCUCAGGCACAAAUUUCGAAUUCGUUUCUCUCGAAUCGCGACGAUUUCAGCCUCUCUGCAACUGUUGCCAACGACUUUGAAGACUCCAAACACGACCUCAACGACCACUCACAUUACCAAUUGACUCCUCUCUCAUCACCAACAAUAGAUCACAACUCUGGCCAUCGUCAGGCCUCCUUCAACUCUACGAAUGACCACAUUUCCUCAAGUUACUUCGGCCAUCAGCUGGGCAAUGAGGCUCUUUCAGCCUUGCAAACCCCGCCCCCAUCACACAGACUCCCAAUCGCCGCGUGGGGUCCCGACGCAACCGAGAACUUUGACUUCAAUCUCCCAGCCUCGCCGGACUUUUCUCAAUCCCAGAAGCCACAAGCAUGGUGGCCCUCCAGUAGCGCGCCUCAGCCUUCCCCAGCCGCCUAUCACAGUUCGCGAACUGAGAGCUCAGGCAUGGGUUUCGACAGUGUCCCCGCGUCUGGCCUUGGGAUUUCCUGUGAUUUGAGCGGCUUUGGUGAGCCGGGUGCCUCUGCGUCGGCUUAUGCGGUUCCUGCUACGCAGCUCUACACGUACGCGAAUCCAAUGCCGCCAGCGCACACGUACAUUGCGACCACGCCGCCUUCGAGGUCGCCUUCUAGCUCCCCUCCACCUCAUCGCGUCUCGAAUCAGAGAACGUCGUCGAGGCAUCGGCAACACAGUGGUCCUCAUCAUCGUCGCAAAUCGAGCAACUCGAGCAAUUCGGCUCCACGACCUGCCUCGGUAGGAUUUGUGAACUUCACUCCAGAUGAUAGCCGGAAGAUCUUGACAGGUGUUGCCCCGAGUGGCUCGUCAAAGACAAAGGCUAGAAGGGAGAAAGAAGCGGCUGAGAGGAGGAGGAAACUUAGCCAAGCGGCUACAAGGGCGAUUAUUGAUGCAGGGGGAGAUCUGGCGGAGCUGGAGAGAGAAGGUCUGUUAUGUUUAGCAGCAGAAGAGUAGAAAUUCUCCUUGCACGGUUCCAAAAGUGGAAGAAGGGUUCUUCUUGUAAUGAUUGUAGCGUUUAUCACGCUUUUUGGGUUCUUGUGGUUUUGGCGCUUGGACUUGGUUUGUGGCACUAUUUUGGUUCUUCAUCUAGGAGAGUAAUGCGUACAGACAAUACGAGAAGCAUACAUACUCAAUUACAGUUACACGAUGAA